AUGGGUGUCGAAAAAGAAACCCUCAGACCGGGCAACGGCACCGACUUCCCCCAACACGGCGACAAGGUCGCCAUCAACUACACAGGCUGUCUCUACGACACCAAGGCCGCGAAACACAACAUGGGCAAGGAGUUCGAUAGUUCGAAGAGUCGGGGCCCGUUGGAGACGACGAUUGGGGCGGGGGAGGUUAUCAAAGGCUGGGACGAGGGCGUUCCACAGAUGAGUCUUGGGGAGAAGGCGAUUCUGACUAUCAGUGGGGACUAUGCCUACGGCGAGAAGGGUUUUCCGGGAUUGAUCCCCCCGAAUGCUGGACUGGUUUUCGAGGUCGAGCUCAUUCGGAUCAAUGACAAGUCGGUUCAGUUCUGA